UCCACUUAUUCACCUAGUUAAGAAGAAAGAAACUCAAAAAGAGGAUGAUGGAUAAGUUAAAGAGCGUCCACUAUGCUCUGCUUGCGAUAUUCACUCUUGCAGCAUUGAUUCAUGCUCAGGAUCAAUCAGACUUCAUUAGCAUAGAUUGCGGGAAAGCAGAAGGUCCUGACUCUAUUCAUCUUGCUAAUGGCAUAAAGUACACUUCAGAUGAAAACUUCAUUGAUACAGGGUUAUCAGGGAGUGUAGAUCCCAAAUUCUUCAGCAAAGACUCUGAAGAUCCAUUUAAUACUGUGAGAAGUUUUCCAGAAGGUAACAAAAACUGUUACACCCUGAAUCCUACUCAAGGAAAAAACGGUAAGUAUUUGAUCAGAGCCGGUUUCAUGUACGGAAACUACGACGGAAAAAAUAAAACGCCACAGUUUGAUCUAUAUCUGGGGGGUAGUCUCUGGGAGACAAUAAAUCUGGACCAUGUUUACAGCCCUUUAACCAAGGAGAUCAUACAUGUUCCUUCAACAGAUUAUAUAUUUGUCGCUAAUAACUCUACUACUUUUGCAGAUAUGUUCCUCAUGACCGGUCCCAAGCGAACUGGUGGUGAGCUUGAAGGGGCCCCAAGUUCUAAGAAGUCCAUAACUACUUCCAAAGCAGUUGCCAAAAAAGAUGUACUUGACUCUACAAGGGCUCAAUGA